UUUAAAUCUCGUUUCCCAUUAAAACAUCAUUCACAAACAGAAAUAAUCAAACAUCAACUAAACUAUCAGCUUAUCUUUUCAAUUAAACCAUUUUACUUUUAACAAUCACUCUUAAUGCCAAGUUUUUCACUGCUUCUUCAUCAUUCGUUUGAAAGCUCCCAUAUUUUUCGACCCAUUUUUUGUUCUAUAGUUUUUACCUUUUUCCUGGUUUCUAUUUUUUUCCUCGUCAAUUAGUAUGAGCAAUUUAUUUGGUGGUAAACAUUUUCAAUCUUUAGUUCAUCGACAUCGAACUAAGAAACAAUUGAAAUCAACUGUAUCUCGUUUUAAUCGUGAUUUAAACAAGCUAAAGGACCCCUAUGAAAGUGGCAUCUUCAGUAGACCCCAAGACUUGGCCUAUGAAAAACCCUCUAAAACUGAACCAGAAAAUAUAUUUCUUUAUGCAGCCAAUGACGAUGAUGAGAUAAUUACUUUACAUCUACACUGGACUCCAAAUCCAGAUGAAAAUUGUGGACUCAUUAGGGUUAACCUAAAGUUGAUUGGAUUUCAAAAUGGUGUUACCUACCAGUUCAAGCAGUCCCGGAUGGUCUAUAAUCUGGAUAAAUUUGAUGAUUAUACUGUUGGUGGAUUUAAAUUGGAAAUAUUUAGUCCACUUAAACGAAUCAAGUUACGAUUAAAUGAUUUUUGUCUGACUGUCAAGGAAAAUACUGACCAGGAGCAAACCUACGAUCAAAAUGAUUACAAAUACAUUCGCCUUAUUGCUAUUGUGCUACCUGUUCAAGAGGUUUACGAUCAUCUGUCAACAUUUGAUUCUAAGUUUGCUUCAUCUCAAUUAACUUCAUUGUCUCAACGUUUUCCACAAAUUGACUUGGUUGAUAUUGGUUCACAUGUUAAAUUUUGUGCUCAAAUUGAUGGCCAAUCAGCUGUAGAAACCGAUUUAUGGGGAUUCAGAGGUAAAUUACGACUCUCACAACCCAAGCCAAGCCAGUUGAUUAAAUUUUCAGGUUAUGCGUUGAAGAAAGGUUACAAUUUUUCAGUUACUUUUUUUGAACUCGAUGGUUCCUGGUUUGUCAAUGGAUUUGUUGGUUGGGGAUCAGCACUUAUUUUUCCAGUUACGGCCACAACAGCAACCAGAGAUUUAUUCAUUAAGGAUACCUUUAGUUUUACAAUUGAAAACAAAUAUAGAAAGUUCAAUGUCACUGGAAACAAGAGAGCUAACGCAAUCUACUCAAUCAAGAUUGACAACUGUACUGGAGUUGGACUUUAUAUCAAAUUGCCAUUUACUGGUAAUGAAGCUGUUUUUGAUUCAAAAAUUCUUGACUUUGGUGCACAUAUUUGUUCAAUACCAUCAAUAGAAGAAGUAAAUGAUCUGACUGUUCCCCUGAACCAAACCCUGGCCAUUAAUUCACAACUAACUGGAGGUAAAGGAAGCUCAUUGUCCAAGUUGACAUCCAUCUUGGUUGAUUAUCCGAAGUUAGGUCAAGUGCCUUUAGGAGUCGUUGUCACAACAAAAGCAUAUCACCUGAUGUCUCAGACAAUUGACUUAGCAAGCAUUAUUAAUAAACUUAAGCAUACAAUCAGCUCCAGCAACCAAGAUAUGGUUAAACUGGAAGCUGAAUGUUGCUCAUUGGUUGAUAAAAUUGGAUCUUACAAUUUACCAGAACCGAUUCGAGAAGCUAUAAAUACUUCAUUAACAGAAUCCUUUGGCUCAAACUGGAUUAAUGAUAAAAAAUUUGCCAUUAGAUCAUCAGCUUAUGGUGAAGACUCUGAUGAACUUUCAUGUGCUGGUCAAAUGGCGACAUUUCUUGGAGUCUCUAAUCUUGACCAGAUAUUUAAAUGCGUAAUGGAGUGUUGGGCUUCGCAGUUUCGGUUUAUAGCAAUCAGAUAUAAAUUAAUGAAUGGUCUUGAUCUUGAUCUUGACAUGGCUGUUGUCAUCCAAGAAAUGAUUGAUUGUGAUCAAGCUGGAGUACUAUUUACUUGUGAUCCUGUUGUCAGUGAUCCAUUAUCAGUUUUAAUCACAGCUAAUCAUGGACUUGGAGAGAGUAUUGUCAGUUCAAUAUCUGAUCCAGAUACUAUUAAAGUCAAACUUGAAAUGUCACCAAAUGGUUUAACAAUUGACUCUAUUGAAGAUAUUCAGAUUGGUGGUAAAGGGAGGAUAAUCAAGCUAUCUGAAACCGGUGACGGAACAAUAACAAUUGACUCACAAUCAAAAAGUUCAUCGUGUUGUCUCAAUGAGAAUCAAAUAAUUGACUUAACCUCAACAUGUCUAAAGGUUGCUUCGUUUUUUAAUGGACCAUGUGAUAUAGAGUGGGGAAUCCAGUCGAAUCAAAUUUAUUUAUUUCAAUGUCGCCCUGUAACUACAUUUUCAUCAUCAGUUGAUCUUAACGAAUGGGAAUUGAGUCACGAAUUGGAUUCACCUCAUGUCAGCUCUAAUGAAUAUCAUACUCGAGCCAAUUUGGGUGAAGUCUACCCAGGAGUCGCAUCAUACAUUUGCAGUGACUACCAGAUUCCCUCAUCAACCAUUGCUUUUGUGAAAAAAUUUUUCCUUAACCGUAAAAAUUUCAAAUUUAUGCCCUACAUUACCCGAGGAUUCAUCAUAAACUGUCAUCAUUGUUUCUUUUCUAUGAAAGAUGGGACUUUAUUUGUUUAUGACACUCCGCCGGAAAAAGAAAACAAGAUUUCAACUUCAAUGGAAUACUCAUUGCUAGGUCAAAUCGUGGAUGAUCGUGAGAUGAAAACUGAUUCAUAUGAAAGAAUAGGUCAGUUUUUACCUCAAAGUAAAUGGGAAAAACUGAAAUCAACAGUUGGUCUCAUUUUUAUGGGUUCAAGGCGGCUAGCUGCAGUUACCUUAGAUGAAUUCCCAUCCAAAGCCACUGACAAAUCUUCGAGUCAUGAAAUGUUUCUUGAAAUCGUGAACAACUCUGAUUAUCUUUGGAAUAUUUUCUUGGCUCACCUUGGUGUUACCAUUGGAUCAUCAGUUAUGAACUUUUUAGCCAUUUCGAUUUUAACAAGUACUGAUAAAAAUAGUCCAUCAAUAUUGCCUGAUUUCUCGAAGUUAUUAGCUUCUUGUGAACAAGUUGUUAGUGCUCAGAUUCCAGUCAUUAUUAAAGAAUUGGCAUCUAAAGUAACUGAUGAAGAGGAAAGAAAACUUAUUCUUAAUGGAACUACCAAAGAAAUUUCAGAUUAUCUCAACAGUGGAACUAGUCAACUGGCUAUUAAUUACCGACAGUUUAUUAAAGAUUAUGGUCAUCGAGGAUGGAAAGAGUUUGAUUGGUCUGGUAAAGUAUGGAGAAAAGAUCCUUCAUUUAUCAUCAAUCCUUUGAAGGCUCUGGUACAACAAUCAGAUUACAAAGCAGCCAAUCCUGGUAAAACUGUCAUGACUGAUGAAGAAUUGAUCGCUUCUCUAAAAACGCCAUUAUCCAAAGUAUCCAAGUUUUUACUGAAAAAAUUCAUCUUGCCUUGGUGUAGGAAUUAUGUUAGUUUAAGAGAAGAAGGAAAAAAUAAAUUGGUUUGGAAAAUUGAUCAGAUGCGAAAACUGUUUGACCGAAUGGUCAAUACUCUGGCAUAUAAGGAGCAUCGUUUACCAGACCCAUCUUUGGCUUAUUACUUAACUCCAGAUGAAUUGUUACGAUUAACCUUGUCAUCCAAUCCUGGUUUAGUUUUACUAGCAAAACGACGACUGAAGAUUUGUCAGAAAUUAGAUUCUUAUGAAUUUCCGAUAAUAAACAUUGGACCUAAAAUUUUACCCAAUAAUCUACCGGCAGAAGAAAUUUACACCAAAGAUUGGAAUAAUUACAAUGGCCAAGAAAUUAUUGGAACUCCAAUUAGCCAAGGACAGAUUAAAUCAACCGCUUAUGUCGCCAGAAAAAUAGAAGAAGCAGCAAAUAUUAAGCCUGGUGAUAUACUAAUCACUUAUUCAACGGAUGUUGGAUGGUGUCCUUUUUUCCCAUUGAUUGGAGGUUUAAUUACUGAAAUUGGUGGAUUAAUCUCGCAUGGAGCGGUAAUUGCUCGUGAAUUUGGUCUUCCGUGUAUUGUUGGAGUUCCAAAUGCGUGUAAAAUCUUCAAAUCUGGUGAUAAAAUCUCUAUGGAUGCAAGCAAAGGAGUGAUUGUCAAGUUAAUUGACUGAGAUUAUUUCAUUAUUGGAGUAUAGCAAUUGUUAUUAUUUUUGUACAAUGAAAUAACAUUAUUUCUAUCUGAAAAAAUUACUUUUCAAUAUAAUAAAUGGUUAUCAUUUUCUUUAAUUUCAAUUUUGUCUUGCCACUGUAAUUUCACAUUACAUUGAUUAUCUAGUUUCAUUAUCUGAUUAAAGAAUUAACAAAAUUCUAUCAAAA